AUGAUUAUCGAACGUGACGUGCCGAUCCCGAUGGAUGACGGCCUCAUCCUCCGUGCAGAUGUAUUUCGCCCAACAGAAGGUCGACAUCCCGUCAUCAUGACACUUGGACCCUAUGGAAAAGGUGUUCCCUAUCGAGAUGGAUUCAAGAUACAAUGGGACUGGCUGAUCUCAACGUAUCCUGAUAUCCUUCGACCAGGAUCUUCCCGAGAGUUUAUGAAUUGGGAAACGGUCGAUCCCGAAAUCUGGGUUGCAUGGGGCUAUGUAUGCAUUCGAGUCGACUCAAGAGGGGCAGGGCGCUCGCCAGGAAAGAUCGACAUAUUCUCGCCACGGGAGAUCAAAGACUUCUACGACGCCAUUGAGUGGGCGGCGGUUCAGCCGUGGAGUACCGGCAAGGUCGGAUUAAAUGGAAUCUCAUACUAUGCCAUUGCCCAGUGGCUCGUUGCGUCUCUUCAGCCUCCUCACCUCACGGCAAUGAUUCCAUGGGAAGGUGCAGCAGACUUUUAUCGUGACUUCGCACGUCAUGGCGGGAUCGAGUCUAACGGAUUCCUUGAGGCAUGGUAUCCGAGACAAGUGAUAUCCGUACAGCAUGGAAAUCCGAACAGCAUAGUCGACCCUUGGCUAAAUCAGCGAGCAAGUGGCCCAGAGGUUCUUUCCGAGGAUGAGUUGAGGAACAACCGUUGCGAUCCAAUUCGAGACAUUCUUGUUCGGCAUUUAGACGAUGAAUGGUAUCGAUCACGUUCGGCAGACUGGAGUAAGGUCAUUGUACCGUUUCUCAGUCCGGCCAAUUGGGCGGGAUUCGGCUUACAUCCACGCGGCAAUUUCGAAGCCUUUACUCAAGCGGCCAGUAAGCAGAAGUGGCUCGAAUGCCAUCCGGGAAGGCAUGAAGAAUGGUUCUAUCUUCCCCAAGGGAUGGCGUUGCAAAAGCGAUUUCUUGACCACUUUCUCCAGGAAGUCGACAAUGGAUGGGAUAAAGAGGCCCCAGUUCUCUUACAUGUACGACGGCCCUUUAGCGACAACUUUGAGCUCCAAAAAGAACCGGCGUGGCCAUUGCCCAAGACCAAAUGGACCAAAAUAUACAUGAACGCCGAUCAGCCGUCCUCGCUCGAUAUGUCUUGGGACGUAUCUCCAAAGUCCUCGAGCGCCACCUUCAUGGCUCUCAAAGAGUCCCUCACGUUUUUCUCUAGGCCACUUGAGCAUGACAACGAGAUCACAGGCCCUCUGGCCGCUAAGAUCUUUGCGUCUUCCUCAACGACGGAUUUGGACCUCUUUGUGACUUUCCAGGCAUUUUCACCCGACGGUCGCGAAGUUGAAUUUCAAGGCACGGUGGACCCUCAUACUCCACUUGCUCAAGGCUGGCUCCGGGCGUCGCAUCGAAAGCUAGAUUUGUCCAAGACUCUGCCUUAUAGGCCGUACCACAGCCACGACGAGAUACAGCCUCUCCGACCGGGGGAAGUAUACGAGUUGGACGUGGAGAUCUGGCCGACCAAUAUCCUCCUCCCAGCGGGAUACCGAUUGGCACUACACAUUGGUGGAAAAGACUUUGAACGCCCUGUCCCUGAAGAGGAACAAAUGAAGGAGGCCUGGACUGCUCGGGGCUCAGGUCCUUGGUUGCAUACUCUUGCGGCUGAUCGACCAGAGAGUGUCUUUGGAGGGAGAACGACCAUCUUUACGGGAGGAGCCACUCCCUCUUAUCUGUUACUUCCUAUUAUUGGCGCUUGA